GCGGCGGAGGCGGCCGCCGCUGUGUCCCCUUCCCCACCCGUCCCUCGUAGGCGAGAAGCGAAGGAGGAGGGCCGCCGCCGCCGCCGAAGGCCCGACCGGGAUCAUUUGUAGUGCCCGAGGAAUAACGGGCAGAGGGAGGCGCGCUUCCUCCUCCCUGUCCCUGAGCGCUGCGCAGAGGUAGUAACAUCAGCCUUGGGCAGGGAGAUGUGAACAGUUUCUCCAUGGAUAAAAGAGGCCUCUCUUCCAUCUUCCCCAAGUUAGCUGUGAAAGGGGUUUCAGCCAGAUGAAUCUGAUCAAAAAUAAAUUCAGAUCGUGUUUAGAGAAUGAAAGCUUAGAUGUCCUUAUGUUGAUGAAUCUAAAUGGACCUCCACUACCACGGUUUAACCCUACUAAAGCCAUCGAUAAAUGGAACUUCAGUGCUAAAACUACCAAGCAUGUUCAAGGACACAAGUGCAACCCCUCUGACAGCAGUGCAUUUUCUACUAAGAAGACAUAGGCGAAUACCAUACGAAUGCUUUGAACAAUACGUAGAGACGUUAUGGCCUGCCUUACAGUGACAGAGAUGGAAGGGACUGCAUCAUCCACCAUUCAUCAGAAUGGCAGCGUUGUUGGGAAUUCAACUCUUCCUAGACAGACGGAGCCAUUGUUUCGGGUUUACCUUUAUCAUUCCCCAGAAAAGGCUGAAGGCGAUUAUCUGCACUUUCCAGCUGGACAGUAUGUUGCAGAAGAGAUCUGUAUUGCUGCUUGUAAGGCUUGUGGUAUCUUGCCAGUGUACCACAACAUGUUUGCACUAAUGAAUCAGACAGACAGAUUCUUUUAUCCUCCAAAUCACACCUUCCAAAUAGAUGGAUCAACCACUCUCACUGUACUUUACCGAUUAAGGUUUUAUUUCCCACACUGGUAUUGUAAUGGCACCAUGCGAGCAUACCGGUACGGUGUUUCCCGAGGUGCUGAGAGUCCUAUCCUUGAUGAUAUCAUCAUGUCUUAUUUGUUUGCUCAGUGGCGAGAAGAUUUUGUCCAUGGGUGGGUAAAGAUGGCUGUUACUCAUGAGACACAAGAAGAAUGUCUUGGGAUGGCUGUUCUUGACAUAAUGAGAAUGGCCAAAGAAAAGGACCAAACUCCAUUAGCCAUCUACAGUUCUGUGAGCUACAAAAUGUUUUUGCCCAAGUGUAUCAGAGAAAAAAUCCAAGAUUAUCACAUUCUGACACGAAAGAGAAUAAGAUACAGGUUCCGCAAGUUUAUUCAGCAGUUUGGCCAGUGCAAAGCAACUGCUAGAAACCUGAAACUGAAGUAUCUCAUAAAUUUGGAAACUCUCCAGUCUGCCUUCUACUCAGAAGUAUUUGAAGUGAAGGAACCUGGCAGAGAAUCUUCAGGCGAAAACUGCUUUGCAACCAUUGUUAUAAGUGGAAACGGUGGAAUUCAGUGCUCCAGAGGGAGACUUAAAGACAGUGAAAUACUGUCAGAGCAGGACAUACAGACCUACUGUGAUUUUCCUGAAAUUAUUGAUGUCAGUAUUAAGCAAGCCAACCAAGAAGGUUCCGGUGAAAGCAGAAUUGUAACCAUUCACAGACAAGAUAGCAAGAAUCUGGAAGCUGAAUUUCAUUCAUUAAGAGAUGCCCUUUCCUUUGUUUCAUUAAUUGAUGAAUAUUACAGAUUAACUGCAGAUGCUCACCAUUAUCUAUGUAAAGAAGUAGCACCUCCCUCAGUUCUUGAAAAUAUCCAGAGCAAUUGUCAUGGUCCAAUUUCCAUGGACUUUGCAAUCAGUAAACUGAAGAAAGCUGGCAACCAGACUGGCUAUUACGUUCUUCGUUGCAGUCCAAAAGAGUUUAAUAAGUACUUCCUUACCUUUGCAGUGCAGCAAGACAGCACCAUUGAUUAUAAGCAUUGCUUGAUAACAAAAAAUGAAAAUGGAGAGUAUAAUCUCACGGGAACGAGAAGAAGUUUUACAAACCUUGUGGAUCUGUUGAAUUGUUACCGGACAGAAACUGUCCGUUCAGAUAGUAUGAUAUUUCAGUUUACCAGAUGUUGCCCUCCAAAGCCAAAAGAUAAAUCCAACCUUCUAGUCUUCAGGAGCAAUGGAAAUUCUGAUGUGCCAACUUCACCCACCUUACAGAGGCAUAAAAAUAUCAACCAGAUGGUCUUCCACAAAAUCCGGAAUGAAGACCUGAUCUUUAAUGAAAGUCUUGGGCAGGGCACCUUCACUAAGAUUUUCAAAGGAGUGAGGAAAGAAGUGGGAGACUACGGAAAGCUGUAUCAGACAGAAGUCCUGCUGAAAGUCUUGGAUAAAGUGCACAGGAACUACUCUGAGUCAUUCUUUGAAGCUGCCAGCAUGAUGAGUCAGCUCUCUUACAAGCACUUGGUAUUAAAUUAUGGAGUUUGUGUCUAUGGAGAGGAAAAUAUUUUGGUACAGGAGUAUGUAAAAUUUGGAUCGUUGGAUACAUACUUGAAGAAGAAUAAGAGCUCAAUCAAUAUUUUGUGGAAAUUGGAAGUGGCAAAGCAACUGGCGAUGGCAAUGCAUUUUCUAGAAGAUAAAAACCUUAUUCAUGGGAAUGUAUGUGCAAAAAAUAUCUUACUUAUCAGAGAAGAAGACAGGAAGUCCGGGAGCCUUCCUUUUAUCAAGCUUAGUGAUCCUGGUCUUGGUAUUACCGUUUUGCCAAAAGACAUUCUUAUUGAGAGAAUACCAUGGGUGCCACCUGAAUGCAUUGAAAAUCCCAAGCAACUGAGUUUGGCAACAGAUAAGUGGAGUUUUGGGACCACUCUGUGGGAAAUCUGCAGUGGAGGUGAUAAGCCUCUUGGAGCACUGGAUUCUCAGCGAAAGCUACAGUUUUAUGAAGAUAGGCAUCAACUUCCUGCUCCCAAUUGGACCGAACUGGCAAAUCUUAUAAACAGCUGCAUGGAUUAUGAACCAGACUUCAGGCCUUCUUUUAGAGCAGUUAUACGUGAUCUUAACAGUUUGUUCACUCCAGAUUAUGAAUUAUUGACUGAAAAUGACAUGCUACCAAAUAUGAGAGCUGGCGUUCUUGGGUUUUCUGAGGCUUUUGAGGACAGGGAUCCCACUUACUUUGAAGAAAGACACCUCAAGUUCUUACAGCAACUUGGCAAGGGUAAUUUUGGCAGUGUGGAGAUGUGCCGGUAUGAUCCACUGCAGGAUAACACAGGGGAAGUAGUGGCUGUCAAAAAACUGCAGCACAGUACAGAAGAGCACCUGCGGGAUUUUGAAAGAGAAAUUGAAAUUCUCAAAUCUCUGCAGCAUGAAAACAUUGUCAAGUACAAAGGAGUGUGCUACAGUGCUGGCCGGAGAAAUUUGAAGUUGAUAAUGGAAUACUUGCCGUAUGGGAGUUUGAGAGACUAUGUCCAGAAACACAAAGACAGACUAGAUCAUAAGAAACUCCUGCAAUAUGCUUGUCAAAUAUGUAAGGGCAUGGAGUAUCUUGGAGCAAAGAGAUAUGUUCAUAGAGAUCUAGCAACUCGAAAUAUUUUGGUGGAGAAUGAAAACAGAAUUAAAAUUGGAGACUUCGGUUUGACUAAAGUCUUGCCUCAGGAUAAAGAAUACUACAAAGUAAAGGAACCAGGGGAGAGUCCUAUAUUUUGGUAUGCUCCAGAAUCACUGAUGGACAACAAGUUUUCUGUGGCCUCAGACAUGUGGAGCUUUGGAGUGGUCCUGUAUGAACUUUUCACAUACAUAGACAAGAACAAAAGUCCCCCAGCGGAAUUCAUGCGCAUGAUUGGUAAUGACAAGCAAAACCAGAUUGUGUUCCAUUUAAUAGAACUUUUGAAGAAUAAUGGAAGGCUAUUGAGACCUGAUGGAUGCCCUGAUGAGGUUUAUGCCAUCAUGACAGAGUGCUGGCACAAUAAUCCAAGCCUGCGACCCUCCUUUCGAGAUCUUGCUGUGAGAGUGGAUGUCAUAAAAGAGAGCAUGGGUAGUUGAACAUACUGAAAUUAAUCCAGAGGGACACAUUGACCUGCCUAGCAAAUGCUGUUGGUUCGUUGGUGAUUGCAGAUUGGCUUCCCCAUGAACAUUCAUCUUUAAGAGGACGGGGACUGGAGGAAAGAAAUCGUCACACUAGAACUUCCGUGUGAUAGUGGAGAGCUGUGGUUAUUUUUUCAUUGGGAAUGAUGCCAUGAUGUACCAAUGAAAAGCACUUUGAUAGUAGGAGGAAUUGUGGGUUGCUUUUUUUUUAAGCAAAAGAGUGUAAAAUACAUUCAGUCAUCAUCACCAUUGUUUAUGUAACAGGGCAGUUGCAAAAA